AUGAUUUAAGCAACAAUGAUGGAUAUGACUAAAUGGGGUUAAUGGAAAUACUGUGGAAAUCUUUAUUAAAAUAAAGAUUUUGGUAACCAUCAGAAAAAACCAGAAUGGACAGUCAGACUUUAAUAGUAAGAGACUAAAACAGAAAUCCUUAGUACGUUGGAAGAAUAUCUGAAAGUUAAAUAUGAUACAGAAUUUGGAUAAAUUCCCAUCUAAGGACUCGAUGGUGAUUAACAAGGAGGAAAAGGAGAAUAGCUUCAUAUAAUAAUUAAUGAUUCCUUAGGUAUGGUUAACAAGAACAGCUAUUGA